AUGCCGGCCGGGGCUGGAGGCUGGAGGCUGGAGGCUGGGACUAGGGGCUGCGGGAUGAGGGCGGGGGAGGCCGUCCGACCCCGGGAGCCUGCUGCGGGCCCGCUGGGCCGAGGAGGCAACACUGCUUUAAAACGGCAUUUGUGUGAGCUGUACCGCCGGGAGAACUCAGAGCCCGCCCCGCCCCGGCCUCGCCCGGCCCCCGUCCAAUCCGCGUCCAGCCUCGCCCGGCCCCACCCGGCCGUCGUCCAAUCCGCGUCCAGCCUCCCCCCCGGCCCCACCAAGGCCAAGCCCGGCUCCACCCGGUCGCCGUCCAAUCCGCGUCCAGCCUCUCCCGGCCCCACCCAGGCCUCGCCCGGCCCCCGUCCAAUCCACGUCCAGCCUUGCCCGACCCCACCAAGACCAAGCCCGGCCCCACCCGGCCUUCGUCCAAUCCGCGUCCAGCCUCGCCCGGCCCCACCCGGCCUUCGUCCAACCCGCGUCCAGCCUCCCCCAGCCCCACCAAGGCCAUGCCCGGUUCCACCCGGCCGCCGUCCAAUCAGCGUCCAGCCUCGCUGGGUCCCCCACCAAGGCCAAGCCCGGGUCCACCCGGCCGCCGUCCAAUCCUCACUCGCCCGGCCCCACCCAGGCCUCGCCCGGCCCCCAUCCAAUCCGCAUCCAGCCUCGCCCGGCCCCACCAAGGCCAAGCCCGGCCCCAGUCUAAUCCGCGUCCAGCCUCGCCCGGCACCACCCGGCCCCCGUCUAAUCCGCAUCCAGCCUCUCUCGGCCCCACCAAGGCCAAGCCCGACUCCACCCGGCUGCCGUCCAAUCCUCAUCAGACUCGCCCGACCCCAGCCGGCCCCCAUCCAAUCCGCGUCCCCCCCCCCCAGCCCCACCAAGGCCAAGCCCGGCUCCACCCGGCCGCCGUCCAAUCCGCAUCCAGCCUCACCCGGCCCCACCCAGGCCUCUCCCGGCCCUCGUCCAAUCCGCGUCCAGCCUCUCCCGGCCCCCGUCCAAUCUGCGUCCAGCCUCGCCCGGCCCCACCCAGGCCAAGCCCAGCUCCACCCGGCCGCCGUCCAAUCCUCAUUCAGCCUCUCCCGGCCCUACCCAAGCCUUGCCCGGCCCCCGUGCAAUCUGCGUCCAGCCUUGCCCCAUCCCACCAAGGCCAAGGCCGGCUCCACCCGGCCUUUGUCCAAUCCUCGUCAGACUCGCCCGGCCCCACCCAGGCCUCGCCCGGCCCCCAUCCAAUCCGCAUCCAGCCUCGCCCGGCCCCACCAAGGCCAAGCCCGGCCCCCGUCUAAUCCGCGUCCAGCCUCGCCUGGCCCCACCCAGCCCCCGUCCAAUCCGCGUCCAACCUCUCUCGGCCCCACCAAGGCCAAGCCCGACUCCACCCGGCUGCCAUCCAAUCCUCAUCAGACUCGCCCGACCCCACCCAGCCUCCGUCCAAUCCGCAUCCAGCCACCCCCGACCCCACCCAGGCCAUGCACGGUUCCACCCGGCCGCCAUCCAAUCCACGUCCAGCCUCGCCUGGCCCCACCCGGCCUUCAUCCAAUCCGUGUCCAGCCUCCCCCGGCCCCACCAAGGCCAUGCCCGGUUCCACCCGGCCGCCGUCCAAUCCGCGUCCAGCCUCGCCCUGCCCCACCAAGGCCAAGCCCGGCUCCACCCGGCUGCCGUCCAAUCCUCGUCAGACUCGCCCGACCCCACCCGGCCCCCGUCCAAUCCGCGUCCAGCCUCUCCCGGCCCCACCCUGGCGGCUCGGCAGGACUGGGUCGUGAGACCCGCAGGGGGGCGGGGGAUGAGGAAACGCUGGACGCUUCUGCAAGAGAAAUAACUCAACCCAUCCCUGGACCUGAUUAA